AUGGCUCCCUUUUCUGGGGACGGUGUGCUAUGGCUGUGUCUAGGUGUUUCGCUGUUCUUCGCUGUCCGCGGAAUCGCUACGGAUCUCCGUCAAGUCGUUGAUUUGACGGAAAUCACGCAUAUCGAGAAGGAAGACAAGAUCAUUAGCGAAGGAACAGAAGAAGCCCUCAAAUUAGAUACCCUCCUAAAGCUAUCUCAAAGCACGAACCAUGACCUCCGAGCCGCAUCCCUGCGCAUUAUCUCGGAGAGGUCUUGCAAGGGCGCGACUCGGGACUUGCUUUUAGAGGACUUGGCAUCCAGAGACAAAGUCCCCCAAGCACAAGCUUUGAACGCUUUGAACUUCCUAGUCACCAACCGAGCUCUCACUCGCACUUCGAUAUGUACCCGAAUUGCCGACCUCCCCACCUUCACUGCACUGGUCAAUUGCCUCUGCAAUUUCCUAGAAGAACAUGUGGAGAGAACCACAAGCACCAACUCGCCCAUCCUUCCCAAAACCAGGCCGAUGGGAGAGAAAAAAGCCUUGAAUAUUCUACACGCAUUGCUUCCAGAGAAUGUACCUGCGGCGUUGGAAGCUGGAAUUAUUAGCCGGUGGUUGUGCAGGUACCCUUUUCCAUGCGCGUUGGCUGAGCCUUCUCGUAGACGAGACGUUGUGAUUCUUAUGAAAACCUGGUGGUCCGACGACGUCAUCAUGAGUGGGAUCUUCAGCACACUUUCUUCCCAUCUGGACGGAAUCAAGCAGCUGCGAAAACAUGGAUUGAUGGGCAGCAUGAUCGCAGAGAACGAUCAGGAUGAUGAUGACGACGCGGACAGCGACGUUUGGAUGGUAGAUGCAGAUGAGGCAGGGGGUUCAUUUGGACGAACUCCCUCGCGCAGAUUUCCCGAAGGAAGCGUCGAAGACCAGGCACUACGUCGGCGGAGGAGAGAAGCUAUGGUUCUGAGCGACGGCGGGCGGCCGAUUGGAAGUGACGACAUCAUACAGCGGCCGAUUGAUUGA